UGACCGACUUUGACUUGAGCGGUCGCUUUACACUUCGCUCAGUUACUGGCUGUCCGGCGACUGAAUGAACACAGCAGCAGGGGGGCCGACUACAGUACGACCGACGGCGCUGACAUUAUUGCUCGCUAUCAGCACGACCUGUCUGUCCGCGUGCCUCGUUUGGUGGUGACAGCGACGAGGAAUUGUUAGCCGAGGAAUUAUUAUUUUUUUCUCAUGAAAUGAGACGAGUCGAUCAUGCCCCCUAGAUAGCAGGCCUGCCCCGGAGGACAGGAUGCCCCCCCGGAAACGGACCCGCCCCGCCCUGGGGUUCCUGUGCUGCUUCGGCAGCAGCGAACCCCCGGAGAUCAACCUGAAGGACAGCGUUCCCCUACAGCUGCUGGAGUUCAGCGCCCCCAUGCCCCCGGCAGAGGAACUGCACGCUCGCUUCUCCGAGCUGGUGGACGAGCUCGACCUCACAGAUAAGAACAGGGAGGCCAUGUUCGCUCUGCCCGCUGAAAAGAAAUGGCAAAUAUACUGCAGCAAGAAAAAGGAGCAGGAGGACCCAAACAAGUUGGCCACCAGCUGGCCCGACUACUACAUCGAUCGCAUCAAUUCCAUGGCUGCCAUGCAGGCCUUGUUCGCCUUCGACGAGGAGGAGAUGGAGAUGAGGAACAAGGUGGUGGAGGACCUGAAGACGGCGCUGCGCACUCAGCCAAUGAGGUUCGUGACGCGCUUCAUCGAGCUGGACGGGCUGACGUGCCUGCUGAACUUCCUGAAGAGCAUGGACUUCGAGACGUCGGAGAGCCGGAUCCACACGUCCGUCAUCGGCUGCAUCAAGGCGCUGAUGAACAACUCGCAGGGCCGGGCGCACGUGCUGGCCCACCCCCAGAGCAUCAACACCAUCUCCCAGAGCCUGCGCCAGGACAACACCAAGACCAAGGUGGCGGUGCUGGAGAUCCUGGGCGCCGUCUGCCUGGUGCCCGACGGGCACAAGAAGGUGCUGCAGGCCAUGGUGCACUACCAGAAGUACGCCGCCGAGAGGACCCGCUUCCAGACGUUGCUGAACGAGCUGGACAGGGGCACGGGACGCUACAGAGACGAGGUCAACCUGAAGACGGCGAUCAUGUCCUUCAUCAACGCUGUGCUCAAUGCAGGCGCCGGGGAGGACAACCUGGAGUUCCGGCUCCACCUCAGGUACGAGUUCCUGAUGCUCGGAAUCCAGCCCGUGAUUGACAAGCUGAGGGGACACGAGAAUGCCACUCUGGACAGACACUUGGACUUCUUUGAGAUGGUGCGGAACGAGGAUGACUCGGAGCUGGCCAAACGCUUCGACAUGUGUCACGUGGACCCGCAAAUGCCUGUGAGGCCAAUGCUUGAGCUGAUAUACAUGACCCACUGCGCUUACCCCUACCUGCUGUCCAUCCUGCAGCACUGUCUGCAAAUGCCCUACAAGCGCGGGGCGGGGAGCCUGCAGCAGUGGCAGCUCCUCGACCGGAUCCUCCAGCAGAUCGUGCUGCAGGACGAGAAGGGCGACGACCCCGACGUGGCCCCCCUGGACAACUUCAGCGUCAAGAGCAUCAUCCGCAUGUUGGUGAACGAGAACGAGGUCAGACAGUGGAGAGACCAGGCGGAGAAGUUCAGGAAAGAGCACGCGGAGCUGCUGGCACGCCUGGAGAAGAAGGAGAGGGAGUGCGAGGCGAAGACGCAGGAGAAGGACGACAUGAUGAGGACUCUCAACAAGAUGAAGGACAAGCUGCAGAGGGAGGGGGUGGAGCUACGCAGCGCUCGGGAGCAAGUCAUCGACCUGUCCACCCGCAUCAACGACUACUCAGGCAGCAGUGUUCCUUUCCCCCCUCCCCCUCCACCUCCGGGGGAUCCCUUGGCCCCUCUUCCGCCCGCCACGAUGGGCGGCUUCCCGCCUCCCCCUCCCCCGCUCCCCUUCUCCUGCCCGCCCCCGCCCCCUCCCCCGCCCCCACCUCCCGGAGCUCCGCCCCUCUUCUGCUCGGGAGUCCCGCCCCCUCCGGGCCCCCCGGCGUUCGGCUCGGCCGCCACCCAGCGCAAGAAGUCCAUCCCCCAGCCCUCGCACCCGCUAAAGUCCUUCAACUGGUCCAAGCUGGGUGAGAACAAGAUUACCGGCACCAUCUGGCACGACAUCGAUGACCUGCGGGCCUUCGAGAUCCUGGACCUGAAGGACAUCGAGAAGAUGUUCUCAGCCUACCAGAGACAGCAGGAGGUGCUCACUAACCAAUCCUUCAGACAGAAAGAGUCGGGCUCCAUGGACGACCUCUACCUGAGCACUCGCAAGGUGAAGGAGCUGUCGGUCAUCGACGGCCGCCGAGCGCAGAACUGCGUCAUCCUCCUCUCCAAGUUGAAAAUGAGCAACGAGGAGAUCAAACGGGCCAUCCUGGAAAUGGAUGAGAGAGAGGAGCUGGCCAAGGACAUGCUGGAGCAGCUGCUGAAAUUCGUCCCGGAGAAGAGCGACAUCGACCUGCUGGAGGAGCACAAGCACGAGCUGGAGCGCAUGGCGAGGGCCGACCGCUUCCUGUUCGAGAUGAGCAGGAUCGACCACUACCAGCAGCGGCUGCAGGCCCUGUUCUUCAAGAAGAAGUUCGCGGAGCGGCUCGCUGAGACCAAGCCGAAGGCCGAAGCCAUCCUGUGUGCCUCGCGGGAGGUGAUGAGGAGCAAGCGGCUGACCAAAACGCUGGAGGUGGUCCUGGCCUUCGGGAACUUCAUGAACAAGGGUCAGAGGGGAAACGCCUACGGCUUCAAGGUGUCCAGCCUCAACAAGAUCGCAGACACCAAGUCCAGCAUAGACAGGAACAUCACCAUGCUGCACUACCUGAUCAUGAUCUUUGAGAAGAACUACCCUGACAUCCUGCGCAUCCAGGAAGAGCUGCACAGCGUACCUGAGGCAGCCAAAGUCAAUCUUGCUGAGCUGGAGAAGGAGGUCUUCAGCCUCAAGAGUGGACUGAAGGCUUUAGAGGAGGAGCUGCAGUAUCAGCAGAGGGGCGCGCGGGAACGCGGGGACAAGUUCGCCCCGGUGGUCGGCGACUUCAUCACCGUGGCCAGCUUCAGCUUCUCCGAGCUGGAGGAGCAGCUCAACGAGGCCAAGGAGAAGUUCUCUAAGGCGCUGAAGCACUUUGGGGAGGAGCAGGGCCGGAUGCAGCCGGACGAGUUCUUCGGCAUCUUCGACACCUUCCUGCAGUCGUUCGGAGAGGCCAGGCAGGACCUGGAGAACAUGCAGCGUCGCAAGGAGGAGGAGGAGAAGAGGGCACAGAUGGAGGCCAUGCUGAAGGCGCAGCGGGAGAGGGAGAGGAGGGCGAAGAAGAGCGCCGGCGGGAGCGUGUCGGAGGAGGGGGGCGGCGAGUUCGACGACCUGGUGUCGGCGCUGCGCUCGGGCGAGGUCUUCGACAAGGACCUGUCCAAGCUGAAGCGCAACCGCAAGCGCUCCACCAAGGAGCUGGCGGAGGGAGCCGGGCGGGAGAGACCCGUCACCAAGGUCAACUAUUAACCCCUGACCCCCCGACCCCUGACCCCUGACCCCCCGGCCCCGCGUCGGACCGUUCGGCUCACGGCCGCGCACCUGAAGGAUAGUAGACACACCACCCAAAAGAUACCCCCCCCCCCUCCUCCCCCGCCACCUAAUAUUUACCUGUCCGGCUGCCCCCCCGCCACCCCCCCCCAGCCCCAUCCACUCCUGUGCUCUACAGAGGUGCACAGCAACACGGACAGGGGGGACAAACAGACAAAGACAUGGAUGGACAGACACACAGACAGAGACUCUGAGCCCCCUCCUGAAAUCCUCUCAGACCGCCCCCACGCUGUGCUCCACAGACGGAGAGGGUAGGGGUGGGACUCCUGCUCCCUCCCUCCCUCCCCCUCCCUCUAUCCCUGCCCAUAGGGAAGAGGCCAGCCUCAUGCCCCCACCGCACCCUCUCUGCUCUCCUAACCUUGCAGCUGCCCCUGCAGACAUGGUUGACCCCCCUCCCACACUGGCAGGGAGGGGGGGGGGGCUUCAUUGCCCCAGGCUGUUUUUGGGGUGGGCCAGGGGAGUCCAAACAGGAAGCUGAUUCCUGAUUCACACACUGCCUCUUCCAGUUCCGCCCAAUCCGCAAUUCCUGUGUAGCCCUGCAGGGGGCAGAACUUCCACUGUGGUUCCCUCGCACUGUGGUGCUCAGUGGCGUAAGGCGGUUUUCUCUGUCUCCUGGCUGGAGGGGGGGGGGGUGCAAUGGAGAGACCCCCUCCCUGACUGACUGCACACUCCACACAGCACUUUCGCCACUGCAGCUCAGGAUCCCAUGAUGCUUAGCAGCAUCCGCCGGUGUGGCGCAGACAAGCAGAGGCCACCCUGGAGCCGGGGUGAUCCGGAGACAUCGCCACAAUGCCGAAAAUCCCCCCCUUCCCAAGUGCCUCUUCUUCCACCGCACAUUCCUGGAGACGGCUUUCGAGGGCUCGGCACUGGUGGGAAACAGUGGGAACGCCUCACUGGGACCGGAUGGGAGAGGAUGGGAUACAAUGGGAUGGGACGGGAAUGGGGUCGGAGAGAGGGGAUUUUGACAGAGCAGAGGGUUAAAGUCCUUUUUUUUUUCUUUUUUUUUUAAAAUUAGCAUUGCAAUUUUUUAAAGAUUAAAAAAAAAAAAUUUGAGGAUUGUUACGGCCCUUCCCACUGCCAAAGGAAAAAAAAAAAUUAUAAAUAAUAAAAAAGAAGAGAAUACAUAUAGAGGCAAACAGGAAGGCGGUUAUAUAUUUAUACAUAGGAGCGGACAUGCUAGCGUUGAAGAAUUUUGUUUUUUUUUUCGAUUGUGUUCCUUGUCAUUUUUGUUUAAUUGAUUUCAUUGCUAAUGUAUCUGUUGUCAUAUUUGAGGUAUUAAUGUUCCUACGAUGUGCGUCCCUGCCACUUUGUGUUAAAGAACACCCCUCCCAUUCCAAUCUCCAGGUCUCGCUUGCACUGUAAAUGUACUUAAGACACCCCCUCCUCCAUGUAUUUUCCCAUGAUCCUUUAUUUUAAUACCCAGAACCCCUAACUGUUACCCCUGAUUUGGCGAAACGUGACUGUCGGUUUUUGGUCCCGGGUUUUUUGAAAGUUAUGGGCUGGAUGGGGUGGGAUAGCGGGCGAGGAGGGUUGGGUCGCUCGUUGAACCCAGUUGACGGCUUUCGCCUGGUUUAUUUUGCUGUGGUUCUCUUUGUAAAUGUGGUAUUGUGUGCAGCACUUAAAGGGUUAAAAUAUGGCGGAGUGUUUCCCACGCCGUUGAUGUUGUCCAGUAUGAAAAAAAAAACAGACAAAAAAAAAAAAAACUUCUAAAGCACACCAAAAAACUGAACAGGAAAACAAACUGAAUACUCGCACCUGUGAUGAUGAGCGAAGCGAAGCUCCAAGCCCCUCCCCCAACCUGCAGACUCGGCUGGCUAAGGGUUCGAGACUCUUCCCUCUCUGAGCACAGCCAGACUACACCGGACAGAAAGGACCGCAUGCUGCAGCCCUCUCACUUGUUUUUCAUUUCUUUUCAACUCUUUUUUUGCAACUCUUCUGGGGGUUUUUUUCAGUUGUUUAUUUUAUACAUAUUUGUAAUACUCUAGCCGUAGUCAGGACAAAGGUUGCGUGAACAUUGAAGUUUUGCCUUGUUCUGGUGUUUGUCUGGCUGUGUGAGGAAAGACAGAGGAAGGGGGGGGGGAUGGAGACCCCCCCUUCUUUAGGGAGCUGUGUUUCUGGGAUGGCUCCUUGGUUUGGGGGAGUGGGAUGGGGGCACAGGCUGGUCCUCUGAAGGAGUUCCGGAUGCUUCCAUCACCCCGCACGUCGAUUCCCAUGGCAACGGAGAGGAGAAAGGCCCUUUUGCCGAAAUGAAGAUGCGUCAGUGGGGAGGGACAGGAGCGAGGGACGGCCUGGGGGGGGGCGCAGAUAACGGACAGACGGACGGACAGAACCGUGAGGCGGGCACUGAGUCUCCAGGACAUGGGCCUGGAACGGGGGGGCCAGGACAGACAAACCCAGACUCUGUGGUGCGGGUCAGCCCUGGUCUGUCUGUGGAGCAGACUCCUACAUCACUCUGGGUGGAAGGAGGAGGAGGAGGAGGACAGGAGGAGGUGCAGGAGGCAGGAGGAGGGGAGAGGAGUAGGUGGUAUAAGUUCUGCACUUUUACAAAAGAAUGGACGUGGAUUUAUUUUAUAGAGCACUCUCACCAGUGACUAAAAAAAAAUAAUAAUAAAAUAAGAUGCACCUUUAUUUUUUAACUAUCUGUAAAAAAUAACACAAACGCUGCUCAUUUCAGAGCUGCUGCAACGAAUGACGGGUUUUUUUUUUAAACAGGAUAUACACGGCUCCCAAUCCCCUGAAGAUUAUUAUCCUCCCUCGUACGCGGUGAACGUGAACGCAGCCGCGGCGGAAACGGUGUCCGCCUCCCGUCCCGUCGUCAUGGACGACCGAGAUGCGCACGUCCGCACGCGGUCUGGCACCUGCACGAGGGGACGACCCCGCUGCGAACGCCGACCAGCUCUCCUCCAAUCAGAAACGCGUCCCUCGCGGCUCCGCGAUCGGAGAGAUCCGCUAAUUGGAAUGCUAAUUUAGCCACUUAGCUGCGUCCCGUCGGCUUAGCGCUAAUGUACUGCACUCCGCUUAAGCACGCUUUUAACGGGGGCCCCUCGUGCGCUUCGGCUCCCGCCAAUAAGAUUAAAAUCUUUAUUACACGAGCAGACAGAAGCGGAGGGCGUGGAGGAAGCCGUCGGUCUGUAAAUUAGACAUCGCGUAAAAAAAAAAAAAAAAGGCGGGAGCAAAAAAAACGAAACUUAAUGAAGCGCGAAUACGGACGGCCGACGAUGUUAGCGUGCGAUGGGGAGCAGUAGCGGUUAUAAGCACAGCUGCGUCUCUGCAGCCAAUCAGGACGGGUCUGACCGGCUCCUGAUUACUAACAGUGGUGCUUACAGAAGCGAGUCCAAGAGUACCCGCGUGUGCCCCUUCAGCUGGUGGGGAGGGGGUGGAGGGUGGUCGACACUAGAGCUCGGUAAAGAGCAUUUUGCCCACCAGCCAAUAAAAAAGAAAAUUGAAAAAGAGAUCAUUUGGCAAGUUGAUUUCCCCUGUGGAGGACCAUAACCAAAACCCCCCGUACACACCAGAGGUACACUUUGGCACUCCUCUGGUGAGUAAGAUUGUAGAUUGUUUUUUUUAUUUUUGUUUUUUAAUUAGUCAGAUAACGGUCCCAGGUGGUGCAGAACCAGAAUUGUGCCAGAAUUCUGGGCUCUCGGUGUUCUGUUUUUUUUUUUUGGGGGGGGUCGUAUUUUGGGCCAAGACCAACCCAAGCUCAAGCUCCAUUUGAACCGAGGCAAACGUUCACUUCGGCGUUAAUGUUAAAGGCAGUCGAAGGCUUUUUUGUUGAUGUUAAAGACAGUUAAAGACUUUUAGCGUUAAUGUUAAACACGGUCCUCGCCGGGCCGGGGAGAGGCCGGUGAGCGUUUCGACCGCGCCCCGGCGGGUCGGGGAGAGGCCCGGGCGUUUCGACCGCACCCCGACGGGGAGACCAGUUAACGGGGCCGCGGUUUCCGUUACGCGGCAGAUUAAAACACAAACGCCGGAGCCCGAGGUGCCGCCCCGAGGCCGGCCGGCCCCAGCCAGGCUCUGGUCCUCUUCCAGCAUCGCCCACGCCGAGCAGGGAACAGGACGGGGAACGUGUUUCAGCAGCACCUCCCCUUUGGUUUUUUGGGGGGUUUUUUUUGUGUGUGGGUAUUUCCCAAACCAGCAUGCAGAGAGAAGGAUGAAUGGUUUGCAUGGGAAAAAACGACAGAGGGGAAUAGAGAGAGUGAUGAAGAGAAAGGGUCUCAUUUCUGAGUGUAAAGUGCAGAGAGGAGCAGGACAGGUCACUGUGUGUGUGUGUGUGUGUGUGUGUGUUCGCCUGAGGCGGAAGUCACACGUUCUUUCACCAUGAGCCCCCCUCCCCUCACUGCCCCCAUCUUCUCCCCAUCCGACCCCCCCUCCCCCCCCAAAUCGCCGCUGCAUGGUUCUCCUGGUUGCCAUGGAGAUGUAAAAUACCCCCAUCCCACAAGGUCUGUUCCAGCUGGGGCUCUUGUCACCUAUCACUGUGCUCCCCUCACUGUGAAGCCGUGAGCUGUUUCCCGUGUGUGGUAAGCUGGAGUGUGUGGAGGAAAUGGCACCACACCUCGCCCCUCCACUUCCCUCUUUGGGUUGCCCGACAGCUCAGUCUUAUCUCCUCACACCUCUCCACCCCCCCCCCCCCCCCCUUAUGCAUUUUGUUUACCCGUAAGUGCCUCUUUCUGACCGGUACCUUCGCUGUCCUUGGUGGUGUGUGGUGUGUUUUCAUGCUCCCUCAGUGAACCGUUUAGGAGAAUAGGCAAAAAAAAUAUUAAUAAAAAUAAAUAACAUACUGUGCUGGUUUAAUGGGGGUGCAACUGACCUGAGACAUAAUUCAUCAGGGGUACAAAGUGCAUUUUGAUACACAGCCCCUAAAAUCACAAGCAAAAUCACGUUUGUGUCUGUAUUGUAUAUUCGACAAAUUCUCACGGUUUCUCUGUCAAGCACUCACCAACGCUAAAAGGCAGUACUAACUGAACAAGGUACAAACCUAACAGAAUACUGUCCUCUUUCUGCCUGAAACAGCAGGAUCAGCUAGCUUCGCAGGUGAUUCUCCCUGAUAGUAUAUAUUUUUUUGUACCUAGGGGUGCUAAGUUUCUGUAAACCCUUCAGUAAAAAUGGUGUGGCUGUACCUCCAUUGGUCUCCGUUAAGAAAUCUAGCAGCAGGUUCUUCGCUGACAUCACGGAGGAACAGAAACAGGAGAGCCCCUUGAAAAAUCUGGAGGUAUUAAAAGCUUUAAUCUGCGCAACAAAAAAAAAAUCAAUUUACCUUGCAGCGCUAAGGAGCAUAAUCAGAAACGUCCUAUUGAGUCCUAUUCAAACAUGGGAGGAUAAUUCCAGAAAUCUGUUCCCAGACUUUAAUCUUUAAGCAGACGCCAAGACAUGGCACAGAAAAGCCCAGAAUGAUUCAUUUUCUGCCCUCACUUGGCAUUUGAGAGGAUUCUGGAGAUCACAGGGGUCUGGCAGCACCCUGAUAUUGAGUAUCCAAUGAGCUGCCAUUUUACCAAAAAAUAUAUAAAUAUGUAGAAAUAAAAAUGUAAUUUUCAAAACUCGGACACUUUAAGUUUUCCACUGAGGGAAGCAACAAAAAAAAAAAAGGAAAUCGAGUACAGCUGAGGAAUUCAAGUGGAGAAUUCAUGAGCGUAAGGACCGUUUGUUAUGUAAUUUGUGCUAUCAAUCAGUAUAUAGAUUUUUUUUUAAUCAAUCAGGAGCAAGUGUAGUCAUUAAUACAUGAGGAUAUAUAAAAAGACUAAUUUUAUUUUUUGAAGUUUCAGAAUCGACAGUGUUAUUGUGUAAUGCCAAUAGAGUUUAAUGCUACACGUCGUGAGGCUCUGUGUUGGACUAAGUAACUGCUUGGCCUAGCUGGAUGGGUAAAGGAGAGACUGGCUCGGUGUGCUGAAUGCACUUUGGCGUGGAUGAUUCCUGUUCGAUCACUCACAGAGGUCAUUGCAGCUUGCAUUGACUUAGUCCUGGGUAGGGAGAUGUUGUUACAGAAGCAGGUAUGAUAAAAUAGGACACGACUGUGAUGUCAUUACCAUACAACACUCUAUUGUUGUUCCAUAGAACCCUCCCCCCGGAGAAGAGUUCCACCAAUCACAAAGUAUGUUGGUAACAACAAAUAGAACGACAUUGGUGAUUGGUGGAUGCUUACUUCUGAGAACCCUGCAGGGUGAGGUGUUGUCACAGCUCUAUCUCCAGUGGAUUAUUUGAAGCAGGAUUUGUGUACGUGAGGAUGGGUUGUCUGGUUUAGCCACAUUGACUUUACAGGUGAAUUACUUUUUUUUUCUUCUUCUUUUUUUCUGGAGUGAUGGACUUGAGAACUUACAGAAAGAGUUCUCAUAGUAUCCCAGAGUCCUCCACACAAAUUUUCCACAAAAGCGUAUGAUAUUUUAAAGCCUCGCUCUUGAGUCACUUGCUUGGAACACUGCAGUUUAAUUAGCGAAUGCCCACGUUCUGCCAGUAAGCAGUCAAACACCCAUGUCCGAUACACACUUGUCAUUUCACCAAGUGUCCACUGAGGGGCGCACAAAGUCAAGAGAGUGAUCCCUUCACAUUAAUCCCUCCCUCACCACCGAAACACUAAUAUACACUAUUUGUAUCGCUGAAGGAAAGUUGCACCCAAUUUAAACUGGUUGUACAAUUCUAUAAGUCAGUAUUUUUAAGAUUGAUUUUAAAAAAAGUAAUGCUCUUCAGAAAGCUGUACAGUUUUGUUUUGUACACCGUUCUAGAUGUUGAGAAAAGAGAAAAAAAAAAAGGAAAAAAUGUUAAGGAAUGUUCUACUUACCUGUAAAUUUUACCUCUAUUUAUUUGCCUUAUUUAGUUUGCUAUGUUUUGUACGUAUACACAGCAUUACAAUAAAAUGUUAUAUAAAAAGUAUAAAUAAUUAUACAGUUUGUCUGUAUUUGUUGGUCAGUUUCAGACGUAUAAGAAUGAGCUGUUCAGAAUCCUGAUUUUUAUUGUUUUGUUUUUAAUAUUUUAAUUAUUUUGUUUCUUUUUUUUUUUUUUUGCUCGCUUUGUGUCAUUUUGUAUGGUUACAAUAAAACACAUUUUUGGCCCUUUCA